AUGUCUAGACCUGCUGUAUAUAUUGUUGCUGCCUCAAGAACUCCAAUUGGAAGUCUCCUUGGAUCAUUGGCUUCUCAGACUUAUGUUGAUUUGGGUGCUCAUGCUGUGAAGUCAGCUUUGGCUAAGGUCCCUGAGAUUGAACCCUCUGCCGUCGAGGAGAUCGUUUUCGGUAAUGUUUACUCUGCUAAUGUCGGUCAAGCUCCUGCUCGUCAAGUUGCUCUCAAGGCUGGUUUGAGUGAGGCUACUGUUGCCACUACUAUCAACAAGGUCUGUGCUUCCGGACUCAAGGCUGUUAUUAUUGGUGCUCAGACCAUUCUCACUGGUACUGCUGAUAUUGUGGUUGCUGGUGGUGCCGAGUCUAUGAGUAAUGUCCCUCACUAUCUUCCCAGUGGUAGAACUGGUACUAAGUUUGGUGGUGCUACCAUUGUUGAUGGUCUUCAAAGAGAUGGUCUUCAAGAUGCUUAUGAUGGUCAAGCCAUGGGUAUGGCUGGUGAAGAUACUGCUGCUGAGCACAAGAUUUCUCGUGAGGAGCAAGACGAGUAUGCUAUUAAUUCGUACAAGAGAGCUCAAAAGGCUCAUGCUGAUGGCAAAUUCAAGGCUGAGAUCAGCCCUGUUGAGCUUCCUGGUGCUCGUGGUAAGCCCGGUGUGACUGUUUCUGUUGACGAAGAGGUUGCCCGUCUUGAUGAAGGCAGACUCAAGUCUGCUAGACCUGUUUUCAAGUCUGAUGGUUCUCUUACUGCUCCUAACUCUUCCCCUAUCAAUGAUGGUGCCGCUGCUGUUAUCCUUGUUUCUGAACAAAAGGUCAAGGAGUUGAACCUCAAGCCCAUUGCCAAGAUCCUUGGUUGGGGUGAUGCUGCUCAAGCUCCUAUUAAGUUCCCCACUUCGCCAUCUCUUGCUGUGCCCAAGGCCUUGAAGCAUGCUAAUGUUGCUAUUGAGGACGUUGAUUUCUUCGAGUUCAACGAGGCUUUCUCUGUUGUGGGUGUUGCCAACUCCAAGAUCCUUCAACUUGAUCCUUCCAAGGUUAACAUUUACGGUGGUGCCGUUGCCAUUGGCCACCCUCUUGGUGCCUCUGGUGCAAGAAUCCUUGUAACCUUGACCUCGGUUCUUGCCCAAGAAAACGGAAAAAUUGGUGUUGCUGCCAUCUGUAACGGUGGUGGUGGUGCCUCUGCCAUUGUCAUUGAGAGAGUUUAA